ACAUUCUGAGCUACACAUGGAGACUCCAACUAAAUUAAGAAAUGCCUGCUUGACUCUUUUGAUCAUGUGGAUUUUUUGGGCAAGGGCAUGUUGUGAGAAGUAUACGCUGCCUCUAACAUAUAACCCAAAAGCCAUGAGGAAGAGAUAUGAAAGCUGGGUUGCACGGUAUGGCCGAAGAUACAAGAACAAAGAGGAAAAGGAAUUGCGUUUUGGCAUUUACCAAAUGAACUUCGAGCUCAUUGACCACUUCAAUUCUCAAAACCAUUCAUUCAAGCUCACUGACAAUAGAUUUGCAGACUUGACAAACAGGGAGUACCGAGCUGCCUACUUGGGAUUUGGAACCAAGUCGCAUCCAAUGACAAACUUCUGCCAUUUCAAUAAUAAGAGUUUGCCAACUAGUAUGGAUUGGAGAAAAGGAGGUGCUGUUACUCCAAUGAAGGAUCAAGGCGAAUGUGGAAGUUGCUGGGCAUUCUCUGCAGUGGCAGCAGUGGAAGGUAUCAACAAAAUCAAAAAAGGAAAGUUAGUAUCUCUGUCAGAACAAGAGCUCAUGGACUGUGAUAUUGACAAUGGAAAUGAAGGCUGCAAUGGUGGAUACAUGGACAAAGCAUUUGAGUUCAUAAAAAAGAAUGGUGGACUCACCACGGAAGAAGAUUAUCCUUAUAAGGGAAAGGAAGGCUCCUGCAACAAAGCCAAAGAAAAAACUCAUGCAGUGACGAUAAGCGGCUAUGAAAAGGUACCGGCCAAUGAUGAGAAAAGCCUACAAGUUGCAGUUGCUAACCAACCUGUCUCUGUUGCAGUAGAUGCUGGCAGUUAUAAAUUUCAAUUCUACUCUAAAGGUAUCUUCUCUGGCCAGUGUGGAACUCAACUCAAUCAUGGAGUCACAGCAGUUGGCUAUGGAGAAGAUGGUGGUAAGUACUGGAUUGUGAAGAAUUCAUGGGGUGCUGACUGGGGUGAAUCCGGUUAUAUAAGGAUGACACGUGAUUCCAAAAAUAAGCAUGGUAUUUGUGGAAUUGCUAUGGAUGCUAGCUACCCUCUUAUGGAUUGA